AUGGAGGACGCGCAUUCCAAAGACGCCGAGGAGGUGUGUAAAUUCUUCGGCACGGGUCCAGAAGGAUUAUCUGAGCAGCAAGUUGAAACACUGAGGAAGAAAUAUGGAGAGAAUGAACUGCCUGCCGAAGAAGGAAAGUCCCUAUGGGAGCUCAUCCUUGAACAAUUCGACGAUCUCUUAGUAAAGAUUCUCCUCCUUGCUGCCAUUAUCUCCUUUGUCCUCGCCCUUUUUGAAGAACACGAAGAUCAAACAGAAGCAGUAACAGCAUUCGUGGAACCGUUCGUCAUUCUUCUUAUUCUUAUUGCCAACGCUACCGUCGGAGUGUGGCAGGAGCGAAAUGCCGAAUCUGCCAUCGAAGCCCUCAAGGAAUACGAACCAGAGAUGGCCAAGGUCAUUCGUUCCGGACACCAUGGAAUCCAAAUGAUCCGCGCCAGAGAACUUGUGCCAGGAGAUCUAGUCGAAGUUUCUGUCGGAGACAAGAUCCCAGCCGAUCUCCGUCUCGUGAAGAUCUACUCCACUACCAUUCGUAUCGAUCAGUCUAUUCUCACCGGAGAAUCAGUUUCUGUCAUCAAGCAUACUGACUCCGUUCCAGAUCCACGCGCUGUCAACCAGGACAAGAAGAACUGUCUCUUCUCCGGUACCAAUGUUGCCUCCGGAAAGGCCCGCGGAAUUGUUUUCGGGACCGGACUGAACACAGAAAUCGGAAAAAUUCGUACUGAAAUGGCCGAGACUGAAAAUGAGAAAACUCCACUUCAACAAAAGUUGGAUGAAUUCGGAGAGCAGCUCUCCAAAGUCAUCUCUGUUAUUUGCGUUGCUGUCUGGGCAAUUAACAUCGGACAUUUCAACGAUCCAGCUCACGGAGGAUCCUGGGUUAAAGGAGCCAUUUAUUACUUCAAAAUUGCCGUUGCUCUUGCUGUCGCCGCUAUUCCAGAGGGACUUCCAGCCGUUAUCACCACUUGCCUCGCUUUGGGAACCCGUCGUAUGGCUAAGAAGAAUGCUAUUGUCAGAUCUCUUCCAUCUGUUGAAACUCUCGGAUGCACAUCUGUUAUCUGCUCUGAUAAGACCGGAACUCUCACCACCAACCAAAUGUCAGUUUCCAAAAUGUUCAUCGCUGGAAACGCUUCGGGAGAUAACAUCAACUUCACUGAGUUUGCCAUCUCUGGAUCUACUUAUGAACCAAUCGGAAAAAUUACAAACAACGGACGUGAAAUCAAUCCGGCUGCUGGAGAGUUCGAAUCUUUGACUGAAUUGGCAAUGAUCUGUGCUAUGUGCAACGAUUCUUCUGUUGACUACAAUGAAUCAAAGAAACAAUACGAGAAGGUCGGAGAAGCUACAGAGACUGCUCUCAUUGUUCUUGCCGAGAAAUUGAACGUGUUCGGUACCUCAAAAGCUGGACUCUCACCAAAGGAGCUUGGAGGAGUUUGCAAUCGUGUCAUUCAGCAAAAAUGGAAGAAAGAAUUCACUCUUGAAUUCUCCCGUGAUCGUAAAUCCAUGUCGGCCUAUUGCCUCCCAGCCACCGGGGGAUCUGGAGCUAAGAUGUUCGUGAAGGGAGCCCCAGAAGGAGUUCUUGGAAGAUGUACCCACGUCAGAGUCAACGGACAGAAGGUUCCACUUACAUCUGCCAUGACUCAGAAAAUCGUUGAUCAAUGUGUACAAUACGGAACUGGAAGAGAUACUCUUCGUUGCCUUGCUCUUGGAACCGUUGACACUCCAGUCAGCGUCAGCAGCAUGAACCUUGAAGACUCGACUCAAUUCGUCAAGUACGAACAAGAUAUCACUUUCGUCGGAGUCGUUGGAAUGCUUGAUCCCCCAAGAACAGAGGUGAUGGAUUCAAUCAAGGCUUGCAACCACGCCGGAAUUCGCGUUAUCAUGAUUACUGGAGACAACAAGAACACCGCAGAAGCUAUUGGAAGAAGAAUUGGACUUUUCGGAGAGAACGAAGAUACCACCGGAAAAUCUUACACUGGACGUGAAUUCGAUGACCUUCCACCAGAGCAACAAUCCGAAGCUUGCCGUAGAGCCAAACUUUUCGCCCGUGUCGAGCCAUCCCACAAGUCCAAGAUUGUUGAUAUUUUGCAAUCCCACGGAGAGAUCACCGCUAUGACCGGAGACGGAGUCAAUGAUGCCCCUGCUUUGAAAAAGGCCGAAAUCGGAAUUGCUAUGGGAUCUGGAACCGCUGUCGCUAAGUCUGCCUCUGAAAUGGUUCUUGCUGAUGACAACUUCGCCUCCAUCGUAUCUGCUGUCGAAGAAGGACGUGCCAUCUACAACAACAUGAAACAAUUCAUCAGAUAUUUGAUUUCUUCCAACGUCGGAGAAGUCGUGUCCAUUUUCAUGGUUGCUGCACUUGGAAUUCCAGAGGCUCUUAUUCCAGUCCAACUUCUUUGGGUCAACUUGGUCACUGACGGACUUCCAGCUACCGCUCUUGGAUUCAACCCACCAGAUCUCGACAUCAUGGACAGACACCCACGCUCAGCCAACGACGGACUUAUUUCUGGAUGGCUCUUCUUCAGAUACCUCGCUGUUGGAACAUACGUCGGUGUUGCUACUGUUGGAGCUUCUAUGUGGUGGUUCCUCCUGUAUGAGGAAGGACCACAAAUCACUUACUACCAACUCACUCACUGGAUGAGAUGCGAGAUCGAGCCUGAUAACUUCGCCGACCUUGAUUGUGCCGUGUUUGAAGAUAAUCAUCCAAACGCCAUGGCUCUCUCAGUUCUUGUAACCAUCGAAAUGCUCAACGCCAUCAACUCACUUUCUGAGAACCAAUCUCUCUUCGUGAUGCCACCAUGGAAGAAUAUCUGGCUCAUGGCUGCCAUUACUCUUUCGAUGUCUCUUCACUUCGUUAUUCUCUACGUUGACAUCAUGGCCACCAUUUUCCAGAUCACCCCACUCAACGUGGUCGAAUGGGUCGCUGUGUUGAAGAUCUCAUUGCCAGUGCUUCUUCUUGAUGAAAUUCUCAAGUUCAUCGCUAGAAACUAUAUCGAUGGUAAGCCGGAAACGACAGGAGCGAAAGCGCGAAGCGCUAUUUCGUUAAUCGCCUGGGUUUCCGUUACUCUCGCCUACUUCGCAUGGAUGUUGGGCCCGUACGCCGAGCUCAUCAACCAUGCUCUUGUCGGUCCAUCUGUUGAUCCGUCGAAAUUCGACACGAUCGCCGCAGAGAAACAUAACGAAUUGUGA